GUUUGGGUUCUCUGCGCAGGUUUAUGCGCAUGCUAAUCACAACAUAGCAAGUGUUUGAUCUAUAACUGUUAUUUUUCAUUGAUUAUUGUUGAGUUAUAAGUGCACAUUAGCCUGAAAUGCCACCAAAGGGAAAAGGGGGAAAGGGUGGUAAAGGAGCUGCUUCAGGGAGUGCAGACACCGACAAGAAAGAAAAAGGCCCAAAGGGAGGGACCGCUGUCAAGGUCCGGCAUAUCCUGUGUGAAAAACAUGGAAAAUGCAUGGAAGCAAUGGAGAAACUGAAGGCUGGAGUUCGUUUCAGUGAAGUAGCUACACAGUAUAGUGAAGACAAAGCCAGACAAGGAGGUGAUCUGGGGUGGAUGACGCGAGGAUCGAUGGUCGGACCUUUCCAGGAUGCAGCAUUCGCCCUCCCUGUCAGCUCCAUGGAUAAACCAGUCUACACAGACCCUCCUGUCAAGACAAAAUUUGGGUACCACAUCAUUAUGGUAGAGGGGAAAAAGUAACUUGGGCCAGUUCAACACUUGAAAUCAAGACAUGUAAAUUCCCCAAUGUGUUAUAUUGUUAAACUUCUGAUGAUUUUCUUAUAUUUUUCAAAACACAUGAGAAUAAAAAAAACAUUGAUGUAGAA